AUGGAUCCAGGGAGUAGUAGUGCAUGUGCUGGGGGUGAUGAUGCAGGGUCUUCUGGUAUGGGUGGAGGAGACCCCGAUGCUAUAUUGCAUAGUUGCUGCUCAAAACCUAAAAUCCCUUCUCUACCCGCCCGUCCCUCAAAAUCUGAAAUCCGCAAAUUUGCUUCUCCCUCCUCCUUCCUGCCCCUCCCUCCUACUCGCUCCUCACUCCUCACUCCUGCCCCUUCCACCUCGCUCCUCAAGUUGUCACCCACAGCGGAGAGCAUCUCCACCUUUCACCGCCGCCCAGAGCGUCUCCGCCUGCUGCCGCCACCUACAGCGUCUCCACCCACAGCGUAUCCGCUUGCUGCCGCCGCCCACAGCAUCUACGCACAGCCGCCUCUCCUCUCUUUUCUUCCACGGCAAAUGAAGAACUUGACUUGUGUGCGAGCUUGUGUUAAGGUUAAUCUUUUAAAGGAUGUAUCUAACUCUGUUGAGAUUCUGUCUCCUGAAGAUGGGGAGAAGAGUGUCAGCGAUGAUACUUUCCAAGAAGAUCAGCCGUCUGUUAGUGUAGCAACGCACUCCGCUAUCAAUGUUGCAGAGCAAGGAGCUGAUCCUAUACCAUUAAAUAGGGUUGGUACCACGACAGAACACAUAGGAAUUGCUGACAUUAGAAUUGAACCCUCUGUACACGUUCACUUCAUCGAUAGUAAUGAAAUUGAUGGAGAAGAUGAAAUUGCGGCAUCUCAUGCUGAGAUUGACCGAGAGCAUCGAGCCGCCCAAGCUCAAGCGAAGGAGAUGGUUAUCCGGAUGCAAAUGAUGGAAGUGGAGAACCAACAAUUGAAAGAAAAGAUGUUGAACUGGGAAGCGAAGAUGGAAGUCAUGAAGAACUGGAAAGUGCAGAUCGAACAAAUGAUGCGCCAAUCCCGUCCAGUUGAUGCGGUAUAUGCAAGUCUCUUUCAUGUAUGCUUACCAAUAAAGUCUUCCUCUUCAAAAUUAGAUGAUAAAAUUGGGACCUUGCCUGGGCAACCGAAAGUCAAUUUCCAACAAUUCGGCGGAUACAUUACUGUAAAUGAAAAGGAGAAUAGAUCUCUUUUCUACUACUUUGUGGAGGCAGAGACGAACCCGACUUCAAAGCCUUUAGUUCUCUGGUUAAAUGGAGGACCUGGUUGUUCAUCUGUUGGAAUUGGAGCUUUUGGGGCGCAUGGCCCUUUCAAACCAAAUAGAAAUCAAUUUUUAACUAGAAAUUGCUACAGUUGGAAUAAAGAAGCAAACAUGUUGUAUCUAGAAUCACCAGCUGGAGUUGGAUUCUCUUAUUCUGAUAAUUUGUCCUUCUAUUCUUCUGUGAACGAUAACACUACAGCACAAGAGAAUUACAUAUUUUUAACGCGUUGGCUUGACAAAUUUUCGGACUACAAGAAUAGGAGUCUGUUCAUUACUGGGCAAAGCUAUGCAGGCCAUUAUAUUCCACAACUUGCACAACUCAUUCUUAAUCAAGGCUCGGCUGCCAUGAAGCAUAAUUUUGAAGGAGUUGCUAUUGGAAAUCCAUUUAUGGAAUUCAAUAGCGAUCUUAAUUCAGUAGCUGUGUAUUUAUGGUCCCAUGGGUUGAUAUCAGAUUCAACACUCGCACUUUUCACUUCAGUUUGUAAUAAUUCUCGAUUCACAAGAGAAUCUAUAAUUCUUGGACAUGUUUCUAGCAGUUGUUCUAAGGUGCUAAAGCAAGUAAAUAGUGAAAUAGGGAGCUUCAUUGAUCCGCAUGAUGUUACUCUUGAUGUAUGUUUGUCAUCUAAUAGAUCUUAUAUUCUCAAUCCCCUACAAUCAUCACAAAAAACACAGGAGUUAGAUGUGUGCAUUGAUGAUGAGAUAACCAAGUAUUUAAAUAGGAAAGAUGUGCAGAAGGCUCUUCAUGCCCAACUUUUCAAAGUGAAUUGGACAGCAUGCAGCAAUAUAUUGAAGUAUGAGAUGAAAGACGUAGAGAUACCUACAAUUAAUAUGCUCGGUUCACUUGUUAAUCAUGGCAUUGCUAUUCUAAUUUAUAGUGGGGAUCAAGAUUCAAUCAUCCCGCUACUUAGCACUCGAACUCUUGUGGAUAAAUUGGCAAACAAGUUGAGACUAAAUACAACGACAUACAGAAAUUGGUUAGUCGAAAAUCAGGUUGCUGGAUGGACAAAGGUUUAUGGUAAUAUCCUAUCCUUUGCCACAAUUAGAGGAGCCUCUCACAAUGCUGCAUUCACACAACCAAAGAGGUCACUGGCAUUAUUCAAAUCGUUUUUAGAAGGCAAAGCACUACCAUACGAACCAAUAGCUGAAGAUUCUAUUCAUGGAUAA